GGAGGGACAGAGAGAGGGAGGAGGAAGCUCAGACGGGAGCAGGAGCAGCACAGGUUCGACCUGCUCAGCAUGGAUUCAUACAGGAACUCACCUGGACCCAGAAUGGAAAUCAGGACAGCAGAACUUUAAUGGUCUCAGUAGUGUCUCACUAUGAGGUGAGAACUCCCAGAAGGAUUUAAACUAGCAAAAACCAACAGUCCCAAAGCCUGAUGGAUCCUUCUGAAAAACAAGGAGAGCUGUUUCAGAGACAAGAUUCUGCUGAUUCCAACACCCCGUUGCCUCUGGUACCUAGCGAUGUCUCCCACUAUGAGGCCAUUGAUGGGAAUAAUGGAGGUAAUGUGUACAACUGGACCUUACCCUGGCCUAUAACCCCACCUGAGUACCAGCCCAAACCUCCAGACACAGGACCCUCUGGGAUUCUCCAUUGUCCAGACAAGCCACUGCUAACACGACCGCCACCACCUCCUGUUCCACAGAGGAUCCGACUUCCAAGCUCGCCUGUCUUGGCGGCCCGUAUUCCCCCUCCUCUGCCCCCCAGGCCCCCAGUUGAGCUUAUCACAAGGCAGAUUUCUUGUGAUCACAUCCAUUCUUCUUCUAAACUGAACCGUUCCAGAACAGAAGUAGAAAAAAAUGACCCAUGGGCCAUUACUCUAGUAGAGUCUCCAGAAGGCAGCACCAAGGAUCUGGCUGCUUUCUGUGAUGCAACGUCCAAGCUGAUGUCAAAAUACAAACACACAGACCGAACCCACAACCCGGGCAUCAUAUGGGGUCGACUGUUAUAUGUCCACCCGGCUCUGCUGCAGCAGGUGGAGGUGAUGGUCAGCGUGUCCACUGAGGAUGCCAAUCACCAACUUCCUCUCCCCACUCCAGUGAACAGGAAGGUGAAGGAUCUCAUCGAUCAGUUCUGUCAGCUGCUGGAUUACCCUGCCAGCACCAGUGGAGAUUAUGUUUUAAAAAUGUGUGACUCAGAUGAGUUUCUCAGAAGUGAAGAGCUUAUUGGUAUGCACGAGAUGGUCCAGAUCUAUUACAAGUCAAAAUCGGUGGUCAAUCUGCGACUGAUCCACAAAAACAACCUGAAGCGCCAUCUGGCUAGAGAUGCUCAGGAUGACAUGACCGCAUGCCAGCCGAACCAGUUCCUGUGUCCUGUCAGUGUCUACAUCACCUCCAAGCUGAGCAUGGCCGAUGUUCUCCAGACGUACAACAAACAAGUAUCAGAACUCCUGAGAACUAAGUCCCUGGUGAACAUCACUGAGGUUGUGAAAAGCGUUCGCACCAUCAGCAACCUUCUGUCUGGACUUACAUGUCAGGAGUUAGAAGAUGCAAUUGGUGGGGUCAACCGAAUCAGAGGCAUGAGUCACAGUGAGGUGGCUGACUGUGAGACUGCUGUGAUCCUUCUCAACGGAGCCUUGCAGAAAGUGCUGCAGAUUUAUUUCGACAAUUUCCAGUCGAACUUCAGAACCCAGCGGAUCCUCGGCAGCCCUGAAGUCUACGACGUCGAUGGCAACGAUGAAAUCUUGCAAUUUAAAAUUGCUUCCCUCUACCAGAUCCAGCCUGCAUGGAUGACCUAUGAGAGCUUUUCUCUCACCUGUGAUGUGACACAUGGAGAAAAGAAGAUAUGUGACACCGGCAUUUCUGAGAACAUCAGCUCCACCCUGUCACAUGGAAACAAGAUCCACUGCAACCGCCUAAUGGUGUUUCCUGUUCCAGUGAACCAGCUGCCUUAUGAGUGCAUGCUGACAUUCCACCUCAGAGGCACAAAGCGAGGAAAAACCCCUGAGCUGCUGAGCUGGGCUGUGCUGCCUCUGUACAGUGACAGAACCCUUGCAGGAGGAACAGUUCUCCUCAGCAUGUCUACCCUUCCUGAACUGCCCUUUCCUCCGUCUCCUGCCCUCUCAGACCUUCACAAACAGCCCAUAGGGGUCAUAAUGCAGCUGGAGUUCGACAGUCGGUCUCAGUGGGACUAUCGGAGACCCAUGGCUCUACCUGGGUUGAUCAAAUUCUCUCAUCCUGAUGACGAAGUGCAGAAGAAAAUGUUGAGUGUUUCCAAGAAGCACUGCCUCCACUUUUUGACAGAAUAUGAGAGGUCUUUCUUGUGGAGCAAACAUUUCUGUGGUGACAAAUCCAACACUUUCCUCCAUCUGCUGCUCAGUGGCGCGCCCCAGUGGCAGCCUCAAGACCUGACUGAAAUCUACACGGUGGUGGACAACUGGCUCAUCCAUCUACAUGAGGAGGCUCUUUUCCUGCUCACUGCCAGUUUCCCUGAUCGGACUGUUCGACUGGCUGCAGUUCAGUACUUUCAGCUGAUUCCAGAUGGAGAACUUGAGGUGUUUCUGCCACAGCUGGUUCAGGCUUUAAAGAACGAGUGGGAAUUGGACGGCCCUCUGGUGAUGCUACUUUUGGACAAAUCAGUGAGGAACAUAAGGAUUGCUCAGCAGAUUUACUGGCUGCUGGAGGACGCCCGCACUGACACUCACUACCAGGGCUGGUUUAAUAAAAUACAGGCUGCUCUGAUCCACUGUUGUGGCCGAGCACUGAAGAAGGAGCUGGAGCAGGAAAAUCGUCUGGUGCAAGUGCUCAUGCACGUGGCUGAAAGAGUGAGCUGUGCUGAGAAGUCUCAGCGUAAGAAUAUUUUGAACAAUGAGAAGUUAAAGAUUGGGGAUUUUUUCAAAGGUGGGACCAGCUGUUCUUUACCUCUAGAUCCUGCAGUCAGUGUGAAGGGAGUAGACCUGGAUGCCUGUAAGUUCUACAGCUCCAACGCUAGUCCUGUGGGGAUCACAUUCAUCUGUGACGACUCUCUGGCCAAGAACGUUGGUGUCAUCUGCAAGACUGGAGACAACCUGCGACAGGACAUGCUGGCUCUCCAGAUCAUCCGUGUGAUGGACAUGGUGUGGCUUCAGCAGGGACUGGACCUGCAGAUGAUCAUCUAUAGGUGUCUGUCCACAGGCAAAGCUCAGGGCCUGGUGGAAAUUGUGCCUGAGGCCGUGACCCUGGGAGACAUUCAUAAGGAGUGGGGUCUAGGUGGAGCGCUUCGAGAAGACACGCUGGAGAAAUGGUUCCACAUGCGAAACAAAACUAAAGAAGACUAUGAAAAGGCUGUGACAAACUUCAUCCACUCAUGUGCAGGGUGGUGUGUAGCGACCUUCAUCCUGGGGAUCUGCGACCGCCACAACGACAACAUCAUGUUGAAACACACCGGGCACAUGUUUCACAUCGACUUUGCCAAAAUCAUGGGCAAUGCACAGAAGUUUGCAUCUUUUAAAAGGGAUCGAUCACCCUUCGUUUUCACAUCUGAGAUGCAGCACUUCAUCACAGGUGGUGGGAAGAAGCCCCAACGUUUGCAUCGCUUCGUAGAACUCUGCUGUGAAGCUUACAACAUCAUCAGAAAGCGCUCCGCCCUCAUACUCAGCUUGUUGGAGCUGAUGCUUUAUGCAGGGAUGCCAGAACUGAAGGACUUUCACGAUCUACAGUACGUCCAGAACAACCUCAGACCUUACGACACGGAUCUGGAAGCCACUUCCUACUUUACAAAGAAAAUCAAGGAGAGCAUUAAUUGCGUUUCAGUCAAGUUUAACUUCUUCGCACACUCGAUGGCUCAAGGGAAAAAACAGGAGUCCCAAGCCCCGGACAACAUCCCUGCACCCAGCACCAACAUCCAGGAAGCGGUCAUUCGAGGUUUCUCUGUGAACGGAAGAGAAGUGACCUACGACCUGAGAAUAACUAUUGAUGACGGUUUUUUGACAAGUCAGAAGACAUUUGGGCAGUUGGACCUGAUCCACAAGAAGCUCCAGAAAUACUUCAUCAAAUCUAAGUUACCUCAGUUUCCUAGCUGGUAUCAGAUGUCGUUCACCCAACAACGGAGGAUGUCUCAACUGAAUAAUUACUUAAAAGAGCUUUUUGAGGGGCCGUGUAAAGGAGACGAAUAUGUGUGCAGCUUGUUUCUUGAUGGCCCCAAACUGAAUGACACGGUAACCACAGGUGUUGUUCCCCAGAUUCAGCUGCAUAUCUCCUACUGUAACUGCAAGCUGUCUGUGCUGGUGAAAUAUCUGAAAAACGUCAAACAGGCUAAUGGUUCUAAUCCGGAUGCCUACGUGGUCACACGUCUGAGGCCAGACCCUCAGCAGAACUCUAAAAGGAAGACAAAGGUGGUCCGAAACAACGACAACCCUACCUUCAACGAGCUGCUGGCGUACAAAAACAUCCUGAUGCUGAAAGGGCUGACGCUGGAGGUGACGGUGAAGAGCAAGAAGACCAAGAAGACGUUUGUUGCCGCGGCCCACAUCAAACUAGAGGAUGAGCUGCUCAACAAGGAGAUCUGGUUUCCACUGGGAAACUGUGUGAUCUGACUCUAAGAGCUGCACUACAGUGCUUCUGACAGCAGAGGGCGCCAACACACUAGAAGGAACAAACAGAGGUUUUUUUUUUAGGAUUUUGCCAAACCUCAAAUGAAGGCUAAUGCAAAGUCCUGCAUACUCAACAAUGCACAUGAACUUAACCAACGUUUAAGACUCUGAGUGGUGAAAAAAGUUACAAGACACCUACAUCAAAGUUUACUGUGAAAUUAAUCCUAAACCUUUUUAUUAUUUAUCUAUUUAAAUGUUGUUCAAAUCAAUGUUUGUUUGGUGAUUGAUGAAGGAACUGGCGCACGGCUCGUCAAACUAGCACUUUUAUUUGUAAUCAGCCUUUGUUUUCUUCACUGUGAGUACAAACGGUGUGUUUAAACUCCACGUGCGGUCCUGACUGUUGAUGAGACCGUUUAAGGGAGACGCCUGGCUGCCUGUGACCUGGUCGGGCAUGUCUGUCCCUUCAGGCUAUGUCCACUGAAUGUCCUUGAUCAGUUGGAAUUAAAGGCUGGAGAGAAGAGGGUGAGUAAGAGGGGGAGUGAGGAGAGGGUGUGUGAGCAGGAUGACAACUCAGCAUCUUGGGCCUGAGGGGGGCUGAGUUAACGCCCUCUCCUCCCUCUGUCUUCACUUCAUCCUCUGUCUUAUCCAUCAGUGACACACGCACGCACGCACGCACGCACGCACGCACGCACACACACACACACACACACACACACACACACACACACACACACCGUUUCUAGGCCGAGGCAGGUCUUCCUGUUAUCUUAAUGCCAUCGUCGACCUGACAGGCCUGCUGAACCGUACUUUUCAUUUCCUCAUUUAAAGGAUUUUAGUGAUGAACAAAGACAGAAAUAGACUUUCUCUGCACUGGAUUCACUUCAAUAAUGUAUACCUCUUUGGAAGCUAUUUAUACUCAUCCCAGAUGGGGUUCCUUUUAUUUUUAAGGAAAACAGAACAAGCAGGAAAUGCUACUUUCUACUUUUUGAUUAUUGUAUUCACCAGCGCAGGUCUAAAAUAUGAGUUUCAUCUAUAUUUUGGAUUAUAAGAAACAAAAAGGACUUUGAAGUAAUUGUUUAAGAUCUCACGAGGUACCAGCCUUUCCUGUAUAACAGCUUCAUAGCAUGUUACUACUGUAACCCAGUUUCCUGCCUUUAGGGUUUCUCCAGUGAGAUGCAAGAAAGGAAAAAAAUCAUUUUCAGCCUUUCAGGUUUAGCUGGAAGCUUCUCGUUUCUGUAACUCCCAUUGCAGGAAGGAAUAGACAUAUAUCUAUUUUUGACAAUAAAUGUGAUAUUUAUA